CAUCUCCACAAGCAGACGACGCGCCGGUUGCCCAACUAUUUCCCCCCAGACCCUCUUUUUACUCUAGGAUCGAGAAACUUAAGGAGAGUGCACCAUUGCAGCUUACACCAUUCUACGCUCCAGACUUUCUUUUUCAUGCCAUUAAACUUCAUUUUAGGGAUCAAUCAAUUGAUUUUAGAGAAAUUUCGAAUAAACUUUGCCGAUGAGGGAUGAGGGACUACUUUUGGAAAGGACAGUGUCAGUGUCGUCUGCACUGCAGGCAGGAGGCUGUGCAAAAUGUGCUUUUCAUUCAUGGGUCGAUAUGUUUUAUUUCUUUUUUAAGAAAAUGAUUAGGUUGAAGUUGAGCCUUUUUAUUGGAAGUCACGUUUAAGCUGCUGAAUUUCCAGAAUGUUGCUUACUCUAUACUACAUGGCUGCCACAUGGUUCCAAGCAUGGAGACUGAGCUCCAUCCGAAACAAAGUGAAUGAGAUUCUUACACAUGGAGCUGGCUUAGUUCUCUAUCAGGAGCCAGACGUAUCUUCUGCUGCUCAACAGGGUGGAUCUACUCGGGUAUGGAGUCAGUUUUUACGUGGUGUCAGCUCAACCUUAUGUGAAAACGAACAUGAGGCAAGAGUUGCUGAUUUGCUCUGGUAUCAUGAUUCCAAGAGAGUGUGCUCCAUUCUGCCUCAGCAAUUCAUUGAUCUAUCUCCAUGGAUUGCCUUUCCAAAAGAGUCUACUCUCUUUCCAAUUGAAUACUCACAGCAGAGUUCUGUUAUAUUAUCGACUGAGUGCAGAGUCCACUUGCUGAUUGAAGCGGAGUACCGUGCUGUUUUGGAUACAAGUAAAGUACACCGCUGUCAGUUGGAGCAGUUUGGCAUUUUCCAAGCAUGGCUGGCAGCAGAUACUUUUGGAUUAAUUCUUGAAACAGAUGUUGAGCACUUGGUGAACUUAUGUGGCUGCUUGAUGGUCAAUAGACUUGCAUUUCACCCAAAUCUUGAAAUGACUCGAGUACAGACUGUUGUUGUUCGAGGAGAACCUUGUAAAAUUCAUCAAUAUCCUCAGAGUCUUAGAGGUUCGGAAGAACAAGAUGAUGCAAGUGGUGCAUCUUUCAUGGAGCAGUUGCAGUAUGUUACUUGUGCUGCUCAAGAUGCUGCACUCAACAGUUGUGAGGUUCCUAUUGAUGGCCAGAAGGAUGUCCUUAUCAUAGCUGGAUCUUCCGAUACUUUGUCGAACAUUUUGGAUGUCGAAGAUGAAACGGAUGACUUUCCAGAUGAAGCAUCUCAAUUGCAGACUGAUUCCUGCUUUUCCAAACACAUAAACCAUUUGGAAGAGCCCUGUGUACGAGUUGCAUCUGCAGGUGGAAGGAGUACUGACUCAUUUUGUUCCCAAGACUCACUCAGUGCAACAUUAUCUUGUUUGCCCUUGACACCAAAACCAUCACCUAAUCGGUCAAGCUUCUCAGCAGCUUAUUCAACCCUCUCUUUGUCUUCAAUUUCUUCUACUGUUACAAAACCUCCCAAUGUUCUCAUAUAUUCUGACAGCACGGUAGUGCAGGAUAAUGUAAUGAAUGUGCUUAAAAACACUUUGCAUAGACAUAAGUAUGUAAUUUACAGCAUGUCUAGGCAGUCACUUUUGUCCAACCCUUGGAUGCAAGGAGCAAAGUUGCUUGUUAUCUGUGGAAGUGUACCUGAUUCAUUGGCACCAAUAUUUCUCUCCUACAUAUUGAAUGGGGGUCGGAUAUUGUGUCUCUGCUCUGACUUCCUUCAUCUAGUUUUGCCAACUUUUCGAACUGCUGAAGUCCGUCAACAUGAGCUCGUUCGUUUCUCCUAUUCAAAAUGGAAGAAUGUGCCUUUGAUGCACCAUGUUUUCUGCUAUCAAGCAUCUCCUGUGCAUACACGAUUCCCCAUUGGUGAUCCCAAGUCUGCGUCAUCUAAGAACACUGGAAGUGGUAAGCCUCCUGCCACACCAACAUCAGUAGAAGUGUUGGAUUCGGAAAAUCGGCUCCAUACAUUGCAAGUCCAAGUACUAGGAACAGAGGAAACAUGGCAAACUCCCAGCCUCUUGCUGGCAACAACUGGAUCAGGACCUGGAGCUGGAAAAAUUGUUUUCUCACAGGUACAUCUAGAGGAGGACCCAUCUCAAUAUGAAAGUGAAGAGAGAAAAUACUCCACGCUACGUCAGAGUGAUGGAGCUCGCCGAGAAAUACUGAGAGACCUUCUUGUAGCCCAUCUUGAUAUGGAAUGUGGAGACAGUGCUAAAACUUCAAGUAUGGGUCACACACAAGGGUACUUCCUUGGUCGACAUGAGUUGAAGCAAGAAUUCAUGUCAUCAGUGAAGAGCCGAAUGAAUGGGAACUCCUUAAAAAAUGGUGACCUGGAACUUCAGUUCUGUGGGAAAGGAGAGAAGCCUCCACCAGCCAGUGCUCGCCUUCUUCCCAUUCUAUUGCAUUCUUGUCCGCCUUCAUUCUCUACUGUCGAGUACUUUGAUAAUUUACAAACUGAAUGGCUUGGUCGUUUGGUUAUCUACUCGGAGAUUAUGGGCAGCUCCAUGAACGUGACAGGAUAUGACCAGCUGUGGCAUGGCCUUGUGGUCAUCCCACGGCAGCAGCUAAACGGGCGCGGACGCGGGGGCAAUGUAUGGAUCAGCCCUGAAGGAUGUGCCAUGACGACCAUUCAUUUAGUGAUUCCACUCUCGUCACCUCUUGGCCUUAGAGCGUCUCUCAUUCAGCAUGUAGUGGCCACGGCAGCAGUUUCUGCCCUUGCCAGCAUCCCUGGUCUUGAAAAGGCUCUAAAUUUACAUCUGAAAUGGCCUAAUGAUAUUUAUCUUGGUGUUGAAAACGAGCUUAUUAAAAUUGGUGGACUUAUUGUCUGUUGUUCUAAUCGUGGAUCUAGCUUGGUUUGCAACAUAGGGAUUGCUGUCAACAUUGACAACAAUGAUCCAACAACUUGCAUAAAUGAACAGAUAAUGCUCCACAAUGCACGCUGUGGAAGUAAGAUACCUGCUCUCUCACUGGAAAAGUGGUUGGCCAUUUUCUUCACAGAACUUGAGCGGAUCUUAAUGCUGAUGCAAAACAAUUCAGAUAAACAAGUUUUGGAUCUUUAUUACAAAUUCUGGCUACACAGUGGUGCUGAAAUUGUGGUGCGAGAUACAUCAGGAAAUGAGAAACCAGUAGUUGUCCAGGGACUUGAUGAGUUUGGUUUUCUGUCAGUUCGAGAAAAAAAUGGCAAAGUAUUUAGUGUGCAGCCUGAUGGUAAUACUUUUGACAUGUGCGUUGGAUUAAUUGCCCCUAAGUAGAUAGCCACCUUGUGUGUUCAUUUAUUGGAUUAUUGGAGUUACUCUUCUAAGCAGACUGAAAUAAUUCAUCAUCAAACCCUUUCAAUGAGACUUGAUUUGUUUUGUUUUUUAAAUAGACUAUUUAUUAUGAUUUCUUAGGUCUUUGUGUCUUCUAUUUGUGUACCUUAGUUUUUAUAUUCAUGAUUUAGUCAUAAACUAGCCUAGAAAAAAGCAAAUGUGGUCAUGAAAUUGUUUACUAAAAAAUCAUUCCAUUAUGAUUCCAUAUAUUUAUGUUUUUGUAAAGUCUUUGCUUAUGUUGCUCUUUAUUGUUGUUAUCCACUGGAAUAAUAAAUACUGCAUUGAUAGAAA